GAUCUUCAGCCACAAGAGGAGUUUAGGGAACCUCCGACAAGGAUGACAAAAAAACAGACCCUCACCUUAAUAUCCAUGGCGUCCGUCAACUUCAGCUCCAUGAUCUGCUACUCUAUACUGGGGCCCUUCUUUCCCGUUGAGGCAGAAAAGAAAGGCGCAACCCAGACAGUGGUGGGCGUCAUAUUCGGCUGCUACGCUGUAAGCAAUUUGAUUGGCUCGUUGAUCCUGGGCCGAUAUAUCGUGCAAAUCGGCGCAAAGUUGAUGCUCAUCACAGGACUUUUUGUGUCAUCUGGCUGCACCAUUCUCUUUGGGCUGCUGGACAGAGUUCCUGCCGGUCCUGUUUUCAUUGCCUUGUGUAUCAUCGUGAGGUCUGUGGAUGCCGUCGGCUUUGCUGCCGCCAUGACUUCUUCUUUUGCCCUCUCAGCAAAAGUAUUCCCAAACAAUGUGGCCACUGUCUUGGGAAGUUUGGAAGUGUUUACAGGCCUGGGCCUCAUCCUGGGACCACCCGUAGGAGGUUGGUUCUACCAGUCCUUUGGAUACGAGGUUCCCUUCAUGGUGCUCGGCUGUUUCCUUUUGAUUAUGGUACCACUCAACAUCUACAUCCUUCCCUCCAUUGAUGCCGCAGCCUCAAAGAGUUCCUUCUUCAGUCUUCUCAAAAAUAUUCAAAUCAUCCUGCUCUGCUACGUCAUCUUCACCCUAAGUUCAGGUCUGGGUUUCCUGGAUGCAACGUUGUCCCUGUACGCCGUGGAACAGUUCAAACUGUCCACCGGCUACGUGGGUCUGAUCAUGCUGGGUUUGUCCUUCCCAUACUCCCUGGGGUCUCCAUUAAUGGGCUUUUUCACUGAUAAAUACCCUGCGUCCAGGAGCUGGUUCAUGGUGAUCGGGGGCACUGCCACAGCUUUUGGCUUCAUGUUCCUGGGACCUGUCCCUUUCCUUAACUUACCAAGACAACUCUGGCUGCUGGUCUUCAUGCUGGGAGUAAUUGGCUUUUCCCUGGCCAUGACUGCCAUCCCCAUUUUCCCUGAGGUCAUCAAAUGUGCCUACGACAAUGGCUACGAGGAGGGACUGAGCACUCUGGGAAUGGUGUCAGGGUUGUUUGGAGCAGUGUGGUCCACAGGGAUGUUUUACGGGCCCACCAUGGGUGGCUUCAUCACGCAGCGUUUAAGCUUCGAGUGGGCAGCUGCCAUCCAAGGAGGCCUGGCUUUCAUCGGUGCUUUCCUCCUGGCGCUGUAUUAUGUCGCGCAUCAGGCAACACCGCAAAGGCUUCCAGAUAAGAGGCAACAAAAUGACGAAACUCUUCCACUCCUGGAUGAAUAA